CCGUGAACUUUUUCUCAGCGGAGGCUUCUCUUUGUCAAAGCCCUGACUUCCGUUUCUGUGUUUUCUACAGAUUUCUGGAAACUACGACCAGAGGAGACAGCUACAGGACUCGGUCACAAACUCUGCACCGUGGGGGUAUCACGCUCAGACUUCAGUGAGAGAGGUUUAGUUUAGUCUUAGGGUUUCGUUUUGACAUCUUGUUUCAGCUUUAAAAACACGAGUGUACGGCUAACGCUAGCUGGCUAGUGGUGGUGGCAGCCAGCUGAUUGAUCCCAGUAUGUUUCGGUACUUGAAUGACGUGGAUGAGGACCCCUUCAUGAUGGAUCCUUUCGCUGCUCACAGACAGCACAUGAGGAGCAUGUUUGACCCCUUCGGGAUGGACCCCUUUGCCCUCGCCGUGCCUCAGAUGCAGAUACGUCCUGCUCGUAGACCAGUGACUGCGGUAAGAACCUGUGGUGUCAUUUUAAAGUUAAUCGAACUCAGCAUCAGUUUCCAGUUAGACAGAAAAAUUAAGCUUGCUUUGUAUUUUUUAUUUUUUCAUUUGCAGGAAAGAAUGACCGGUUCACCAAACUGUCAGACGUUUUCUUCUUCUACUGUGAUUUCAUACUCUGCCACAGACAGCGGCACUCCUCAAGUGUAUCAGCAGACCAGUGAAACGCGGACAGGCCCAGGCGGGAUCCGUGAAACUCGUCAGUCGAUGAGAGACAGUGAGAGCGGUCUGGAGCGACUGGCCAUCGGGCACCACAUCGGGGAGAGGGCACAUAUAAUGGAGCGCUCCCGAAACCGCCGCACUGGAGACCGGGAGGAACGGCAAGACUUCAUCAACCUGGAUGAAACUGAGGCUGCUGCUUUUGAUGAAGAGUUCAGGAGAGAGGCUGGACGGUACGGCCCAAACCCGAGGUCCCUGGACUAUCGUGAGCGACGCGGAGGAGGGCAGCAGCUGGCCCUCACUGCCCCCCCGAGCGCCGACUCCCCUUCAGGCCAUAGGCAAGAGUCUCCCAGACACCGCCAGCACCAGCCGCGCCCACGCUACGACUGGUGAACAGUGGACCAGGACUGAAGCUUAAAAUGUGAACCAGUGUAUAUGGAGAAGUUUUACGGGACAUCGGAAGGAUCGGUCAGACUGUCAUUGAUUUGAACAGAACUGGACUGCCUCUACAUAACAGCAUAUUGCACACAGAACGAAACUACACACGCAGUAGUUUUCCUCGCAGUUGUGCAACUUUAAUGUUACUUCCAAAACUCAUAAUGGCAAAUUUGAGUCCACAUAUUAUUCUUAUACUUUAUUUAUAAUGAUAAACUUGACUUGUUUUGGCCACUGCACAUUAGUGCUACACAGUGCAACUGCUGUAAAGCCCAUUUGAUGUUCGUGAAGGCGUGUGUUUGUGAAAUAAAUUGUAAAACUAAUAAUUAAACUUAAUAAGGAGUUCAUUAAACAUUAGAUAAUUGCAAAUGUGUUCCGGUGGCUUGACUUGAUACCUCGUUUGAUAGGAGAAGUGACGGAGUGAAGAACUAGUUUUUGUAUGUAAUUGUUAGACUUUUUGUGGUAUUGCAUGAAAUAAAUAAGUCACCUAUUUUCA